UCCAGAUGCAGACAGUAAAACACUCUGGCAGGUUUCCAAGCAUACCAAGAGUUCGAAGAAGGUACAAUUAGUCAUGAAACUAAGGGCCAAACAAAACCCAGAGACACCUACAACAGAAAAUUAAGCUCCAGGAGACAGCACUGAGGAAGAAAAACAAGGAAGGCAGGCGUGCUUCUGUGUUGUGGGGAUGCCUGGGUCCAGCUAUAAAGGCUGCUAGGGAGGCCAUCCCCAGACAUCACUGUCUUCUGCCUCGACCUUAUCCGGCCACACACCACCAUGUGCCAUACCAGCUGCUCCUCAGGCUGCCAGCCAACCUGCUGUGUGUCCAGCCCCUGCCAGGCAUCCUGCUGCCCAGCUGUGUGCGUGCCUGUGAGCUGCCAGUCUUCCGUGUGUGUGCCUGUGAGCUGCAGGCCCAUCGUGUGUGUGGCCCCCUCCUGCCAGUCCUCCCUGUGCGUGCCUGUGAGCUGCAGGCCCGUUGUUUAUGCGGCUCUCUCCUGCCAGUCCUCCGGGUGCUGCCAGUCCUCCGGGUGCUGUCAGCCCUCCUGCGCCAGCGUCCUCUGCAGACCCAUCUCCUGCGGCAUCCCUUCCUGCUGCUGACCAUGAAUCUCCAGACCCGCUGCUCCCAGUGCAGAUGAGGCCACUCCUGCACACUCCCCGGAUGAGUCCUCAGUUGGUCUUCUGCACACGGGGCAGGUGAAAAGCAUGCUCAGUGAACCCCCUGAAUUCUGGAUCGAGAAUAUGACAGAAUGAUCUGGAGCCCUUGCUGACCUUGCCCGUUCCCCCAGGGAAGUCCGGGGUCCUAGAGUCAUUCUCUGACUCCAUGAGAGCCAAAUAAACCAGCUUUCCCUAUGCAGCUCUGCGUUUCUAGUCUUUCUUUUUUAUUUCCAUACUCCCCGCUGUCUAUUCUGCUGAUUACAUAGAAUUUGCUGCUAAACCCUCUUCAGUGAUCCCUUCACACAGUC